GUUUUAGGAGGUUUGGGUUGAUUGCUACGCUUUCGCUUGUGGUGGUCGGAGCUCAGUCCGCCGUCUUUUCCGAUGAUUUCGCUUACAACAACAUGCUCCCUCUGGCUGCUGCAGCUUAUUCAGACAAUCCGGGUGCAUGCGUCAAAAAUCACUUUAACGGACAGGACGUCAAAUUUUACAAGGUGGACUGCAGAGGCCCUUUGCGCAUAUCUGUACCAGUCUCAUGUUCGGCAUAUACGGCUGUGAUACCCAGCAGGAAUGCAAUAGUGCUGAGUUUCAGAGGAACAGACUCUGUCAUGCAGCUUCUCAAGGAGGGUGCUUAUUGCGGUUUAAAUAAAAAAUGGUUCGGUGGUCACACUCAAAAAAAGAUAUUUGGAUAA